AUGUCACAAGCUACUAGACCGCAGACAAGCACCUCGUCGCGUCUCAGCACGGUACCCUCAUCGCAGAAGCCACGCCAAAUCUCGCAUCUUCACUCUCAACUAGCUCAACUGACUGCGAAUCUGUCUGAUCUGGAGAAUCUUCUUAGUAUCACAGCAGGACAGGCCGAAUCGAUGCGGGGUUUGGGAGGCUAUACUGGCGGCAUGUUCAUGGCCGCCAGCAAGGUCUUGGGUGAAGAGACAGUUCGAGGAGGCGCUGCAGAUUCGAGCAACGGCGAGCAACACGAACAGGAAACAUGA